AUGUCAGAAUCUGAACAACAUUCAGAAUUUCCAGAGAUCUUACCAAAUGAUCGUCAUGUUUUAGUUGUUGGAGGUGGUGAAGUUGCAGCAAGUAGAAUUUAUCAUUUAUUAAAUGCAAAUGCUAAAAUCACAGUUAUUUCACCAACAAUGAAUCCAGAAAUUGAAUAUCGUGAAUCAAAAGGUUUAUUAUAUUCUGUUCAAAGAAGACAAUUUGUUGAUUCUGAUCUUUCAUUAUAUGAAAAACCAACACCAAAAUUAGAAAAAUUUGAUGAAGAAGAAUAUAAAAACAUAGAUCAAUAUUUAAAAGAUUCAAGAUUUGAAUUAGUACUAGUGGCAAUUGAUGAUCCAAUAGAGAGUAAAAAAAUAUAUUAUAAAUGUAAAUUAAAAGGAUUAAAUGUAAACAUUGCAGAUGUUCCACCAUUAUGUGAUUUUUAUUUUGGUGCAAUUUUCAGAAAAGGUGAUUUACAAGUAAUGGUUAGUACAAAUGGUAGAGGACCAAGAAUGGCAAGAUUGAUUAAAGAUAAGAUUGGUAAUUUAUUUAGUGAUUAUGAAAUUGAUAAGACUAUUGGAAACAUUGGUGAAUUAAGAAAAUUAUUAAGAAUUAAGAAUUCGGGAACUGAUAAUCAAUCUAUACAAGAUAGAAUGGAAUGGAUGACUAAAACAACUGAUUUAUAUACUUUUAAACAAUGGAGUGAUGUGGAUAUACAUAAAGUUAUAGAAUAUUAUCCAAAUUUACCACCAAAAUAUGAAGAUUUGAAAUAA